GGGACCUCGGGGAAGUGGAGAUGGCCGAGUACGAAGAGGAAGACGGAGGUUUGGCCACGCCGGAGGAUUCCAUGUCGGGGUCGGCGGCUUCAGUGGUGACAGCGGAGCAGGUAAAACAGAGAGCACCAAACUUCUGCUGAGACAUGUGGUGAGACGCAGCCGCGGAAAUGCACAACUCAGCCAGCAAGUGCUGCAGGUGAAUCCUUUACUGGAGGCAUUUGGAAAUGCUCAGACUGUGAUGAACCAGAAUAGCAGCCGAUUUGGAAAAUAUAUCCAACUGCGAUUCAGUGAGGGAUCUGUGAAAGGAGCAAAGAUUAAUGAGUAUCUCCUAGAGAAGUCUCGUGUGUCCCACCAGGAUGUAGGCGAGAGGAACUUCCAUGUCUUCUACUACAUGCUCUUUGGGUGUCCUGAGGAGGAAAAAGAAGCCUAUGGUCUUUUACAUCCAUCCAUGUACAGGUAUAUUGGCCAAGGCUGGGAAGAGAGUGAUUCCGGGAACUGGGUUGCAGGAUACCAGAGGUUGUGCAAUGCCAUGCGGAUGGUUGGCUUUCAGAGCCAGGAGGAGCUGGACCUGAAAACCAUCCUGUCCGGGGUCCUGUCCCUGGGGAACAUUACGUUUGAAGCGCAGGAAGCAGGAGGAGUUACAGUGCAUGGUUCAGCCUUGGGGUGGCUGAAAGCAGCUGCGGGGCAGUUUGGGGUGCAGGCAGAAGAUCUGAUGAGCUGUUUGGUUUGCACAAUAUCUGUAACACGCGGGGAAGCCAUCCGGAGGUUACACAGCGAGCAGCAAGCGCAGGACGCCAGAGACUCCAUCGCCCGCGUCGUUUACUCGCGUAUGUUCGGAUGGAUUGUUACCAAAGUGAACGAGCUUCUCGCUGACAACGUGGUGAGCGGACGAGAACUGCAGGAGAUAGGUAUAUUGGAUAUCUUUGGCUUUGAAAACUUCGCUGUGAAUCACUUUGAACAACUUUGUAUAAAUCUGGCAAAUGAGCAACUACAACAUUUUUUCAACCAUCACAUUUUCCUGAUGGAGCAGAAACAUUACAUGGAAGAAGGAAUAGAACAUGACGAUGUCAUCUUCACAAAUAACCAGACAAUAUUG